CUUUUUCGUGAUGAACUGAUGAGGUAGCUCCUCCUCUGCUACUUAAGGCCGCGCCAGCAAGAAGGGAGGAGCAGAUCGACCGGCCUUGGCUAAGGAUCAGCGCGACCAUGGCCACAGGUGUGACGGUGUGCGUCACCGGCGCCGCCGGGUAUUGCGCCUCGUGGCUUGUGAAGCUCCUCCUCUUCCGUGGCUACGCCGUCCACGGCACCGUCCGCGACCUCUGUGAUAACAAGACUGCCCAUCUAAGGCGCUUAGAUAAUGCUGCUAGCAACCUCAAGCUUUUCAAGGCUGAUCUCCUUGACUAUGAUGCAAUGGCAUCUGCCAUUUCGGGAUGCCAGGGUGUUUUCCAUGUGGCGACUCCUGUUCCUUCAGGAGAAUUAACCGAUCCAGAGCUACAAAUGUUGGGCCCUGCUGUUACCGGCACCACGAACGUGCUCAAGGCCGCCUCCGCCGCAAAUGUCCGACGAGUGGUCGUCGUGUCAUCCAUGGUUGCUGUGGAGAUCAACCCCAAAGACUGGCCCCAAGGCAAGAUCAGAGACGAGAGCUGUUGGUCAGACACAGAAUUCUGUAGGAGCAAUGAGAGCUGGUACCCUGUUGCCAAGAUCGCGGCAGAAGCGGCGGCGCUGGAGUACGGGCGUGAAACCGGGCUCGACGUGGUGACACUGAACCCUGCACUGGUGUUUGGCCCCCUGCUCCAGCCGACCGUCAACGCGAGUAGCCAGUUCCUCAUCUACUUGCUCAAAGGAGGCCCUGAUCAGGUGAGGGACAAGCUGUGGCACAUCGUGGACGUCCGCGACGUCGCCGGCGCGCUGCUCCUGCUCUACGAGACACCCGGAGCCGCCGGCCGGCACAUCUGCGCGCCACACUUCAUCACCGUCAGGGAGCUGUUGCGUUUGCUCAAGAGCAUGUACCCUGGGUACCCCUACAUAUCUGAGGAGAGCAUAUAUGACAUGGAUCACCCGGCUCCUAUGACCUCCGAAAAGCUGGAGAAGCUGGGGUGGAGCCAGCGGCCGCUGAGGGACACGAUAGCAGACACCGUCGAGUUCUGCCGGGAGGCCGGGUUUCUUGAGGGCGCCGAUGGUGAUGACGUGCCCUGCCGCUUCCCUCCUCUUUUCAACAAUAUCUAGCGUCAAGCAAGAAUUUGAAGAAUUUUGGGCGAGCAUAUAUAGUGUUGCUCCUCUAUUAUUGCUACCUUUGUGUGUGUAAUAGGUGUGAGAUAGAAAUGUCUGGACGGACCAACAUGUAAGACCCGCAAUAAUAAGAUGAACCCUGCAAUUCAA